AUGUCUCGGUCUGCUGCUGCUUGGGCCUUUGCAGUGCGCUGGCGAUGGUAUCUCUGCGUUGCGCCCGCCGUGACUUUGCUGUGGAUGCUCUAUCUGCUCUCGAGUCAAUAUCGGCCUCGAGUCGUUGCGCAAUCGCAUUCUCUCUCUGCUGACAACACCACUUCCAUCACUCCUGUUCCAGCAUUCCCCGGCGCGGGAAAUGCAACCUUGGGCUUCGAAGCAAUCCUCGCCCUCUCCCCAUUUCCUUCCUGGCGCACGACUGGUCUUCAAGCAGCCGCGCAAUUGACCGGCCUGGACAUCCAAAUACCCCCGCAACCUCCCAUCAACCCAGAACUCGUCGAUGCCUUUGCCGGGCUGGGCCCCGAGGACGCAAGACACCCCAAUCAUGGUUCCGCCCUCGCCUGGGUAGCGCAUCUCGAUCUGAUAAAACAUGUUGUUCAGUCGGAUUUCGAAACCUCCUUGAUCGUCGAAGACGAUGUUGACUGGGAUGUGUCGAUAAAGGAGCAGAUGGUCGGGGUUGCCGAGGCUGUCCGGCGAUUGACGAAGACAAAGGACGAGAAUGUCGAGACGACGCCAUACGGUCAAUCAUGGGAUGUUCUUUGGGUCGGACUCUGCGCGGAAACCUGGGAUCACGAUUUCGAGACUGUCUUUAUCGACGAUGAGACUGUCAUCUCGGCGGAGCAGUACGUUGGCCUUGGGAAAGCACCGGUGGAUCGCCUGCCCGAAGGUCGCCGGGCGGUUUUCUAUUCUGGCGCUCCGAUAUGUACCUUUGCAUAUGCAUUGACCAAAGCCGGUGCUCGGAAUGUGCUGCUGGAUGUUGGAGCGGGUAAAGACGAGGCCUUUGAUAUCUCGUUGAUGAACGGAUGCAGGGAGCGCAAUCUCACCUGCAUUUCGGUCCUACCAGAACUCUUCCGACACUACAUCCCGUCCGAGAAAGUCGGUGGAUCGAGUCUUGUGAACGCAAAGGGCGACGACUCCAAUACGACGGUGGAAGAAGAAAUGGGGCAUACGGAGAACAUCCUCCAGAGCGCUCGAUGCCACGCCUUGUGGGGGAGACCGUGCCUCGCAUGA